AUGGCAGAGAAUUAUGGGAAGGACGCUCUUACGUUCGACACGUUUCCUUCCAACGAUGGAGCUGAUAGUCGAAAUGGCGUCGAAGACGUGGAGCGCUCAACAAACCCGUAUACGGCUCCUCUCCAUAGGAAGCUCAAGGCAAGGCAUUUACAGAUGAUCGCCAUCGGUGGACCAGCGGGUAUUCUGAUCAGCUUCUCUCUGGUUGGGAUUAUCGUCUUCUUCGUCAUGCAAUCGCUCGGCGAAAUGGCCACCAUGAUUCCCGUGACAGGGUCGUUCACAGAGUACGCGGAGAGAUUUAUAGACGACUCACUAGCUUUCGCACUGGGAUGGGCGUACUGGUAUCUCUGGGUCACCGUCCUGGCAAACGAAUACACCUCCAUCUCCCUCGUGAUAGGCUACUGGACCCAGGCCGUGCCCCUAUGGGGCUGGAUGCUUAUUUUCUGGGUAGUGUUUUUGGGUAUUUCUAACCUAGGGGUUCUUGCUUAUGGUGAGGUGGAAUUCUGGCUGUCUCUCGCAGGCGGAAUCGGACCGCAGACAAUCGGGUUCAAGUACUGGCAUAAUCCAGGGGCAUUUGCCGAUUCAAUCAAUGGGGUCGCAAACACGUUCGUUAUCGCGGGUACCCUCUAUGCAGGAACAGAGAUGGUUGGCAUCACUGCUGGAGAAUCAGCAAAUCCCCGAAAGGCAGUUCCCAGAGCAAUUCGCCAAGUCUUUUGGCGGAUUCUGUUUUUCUACAUAGGGAUGAUGUUCUUCAUCGGAAUUCUUAUCCCCUACAAUGACGAGCGACUGCUUGGGAAAGGAUCGAAAACUGCCAGUUCGCCGUUGACGAUUGCGCUUACGGAUGCAGGAAUUCUGCCUGCUGCGCAUCUGAUCAACGCAUUGAUCGUUGUGUCCGUGAUUUCAGCAGGUAAUAGCUCGCUGUACGUCGCAUCGCGAACGAUUCUGUUUAUGUCCCGCAAUGGCAAGGCGCCCCGUUUCCUCGGGCGUACCAACAGAGCUGGCGUCCCCUGGGCUGCCUUGAUCUUCUCGAAUCUCUUUGCAUGCAUCGCCUUUCUAGACGUGUCGUCUGGGGCGGGUGUUGUCUACUCGGCCCUCAUCACACUGUCCGGAGUUGCCACAUUCAUCGUCUGGUCCGUCAUCGGAAUCUCCCAUAUCCGCUUCCGUGAAGCCCUUGUUGCGCAGGGCCAGGAUCCAUCCCUGCUCCCGUACAGAGCAGCGUUCUACCCUUGGGGCACCUACGCCGCCGUUGCAGCAAACAUCUUUCUCGUCUUCUUCCAAGGGUAUACGGCAUUCCUCAGCCCGUUCAGCCCGCAGAACUUCGUGAUUAAUUAUAUUUUGUUGCCCGUGUUCGUUUUGUUCGUCGUGGUGUACAAAUUCUGGAAGAAGACACGGUGGGUGAAAUUGGAGGAGAUGGACAUCUGGACUGGCAGAAGGGAGUUCCCAACGUCAGAGGAACUGCCUGAUAAGAAACCAAGUCGAUGGUUAACUAAAGUGAGGGAGAUCAUUGUUGGAUAG